ACAGAGAUAGAGAAAGCAAUGGAGACGAAGAAACGGAGCAGGAGAAAGAAGCUUGAGGUGCCAAUGGAGGCAAAGGAGAAAGUCGAGCGUAUGAUGUCGAUGCGGAUGUUUUCACAUCUCCCCGGGCAGGAGAUUUACCGGGCACUCGAGGCAUGCGAUAUGGACUUCAUCGACGCCAUGCUGAGACUCUCUAAUCUAGAGAGAAAGGAAAACGGGGACGCAGAAGGAGGAGGAGGAGGAGAUGGCGAAGGUAGACGUGUCAAUGCAGCCGAAGGAUCGAGUCGAGCAUGUGCUGAUUGCCAGUCAAAGAAGCAGUCGACGAAUGUGGAAUGGACUCCCUCACCGUCGUUCAUAAACCUCCUUGAGAAAGAGAAAAGGAAAAAUAGAGCAGGGCCACCGGCAGAGUGGGAGGAGCAAAUCCAGCGCGUAAACGAGAUUCUCAAGCAAUGCAGAAGGGACCCCAAACUCGCCGCUAAGAGACUCUUUGCAAAUUGGCUAGAAUUUGAAGCAGUGAAGACCAAAAGGGAAAAGGAGAAAGCGACGAUCGAUGCGCAACAGUCUAAGUCUCAACAUGAAGUCAGCAGCAGCGUCCUAAAACAAGGAGGAAGUCGUGAUGAUGAUGUUGGAAGAACAGACACAACUCGUGAUGAUACAGUCCGGGGUGCUCAGGAAGCGGAUACUAAUGCAAGAUCACAGUUCGAUAAUGUUUCAUCACCUCUGUCCGCUGCGGUUUCAUCAGUUGCUUCUCAACCGCACCAUCUAAAGAUAGGGAAAGGGAAAAUGAAGAAAGUGGCUGGAAGCACAAAUGGUAAUGCUGCAGUUGUAUCAAGAAGCCAUGUCCCACCUUUGCGUGCCGUGGGUCCGCUGGGAAUUUAUGCCUCAGGAUACAGUCCUAUUCAGCCUCCAGAGAGAAUGUUAGAGAAUGCACCACCUUAUACACCAAGUGCUUCCAUCCAUCAAUCAUCACAGACCCUGCUUCGAGGCAAUAAUUUGUCGACCGGCCAUGGAUUUACACAUCCCUAUGUAGAAUCAAGCUACUAUCAGCCUCAACUGCCCCUGCAACAUGGUUACAUGAAUAGCGAUGAAUAUAUGCAUCAAAACUUCGGAUAUGAUAUGACAUCUCCUCAACAAGAGGUGUAUCGAGGUGGCAGCUCAUCUUGGGCCAAUGCCAAUCCUUCUGGUUGGGGAAGCUUUCCCAGCAGAGGAAGUACCCCUCAGUCUCACCAAUUUCUGCCUAAUUCACCUGCCCCCUCUGAUAGUUCCAGGACCCAGCUCGACUCUGCAUUGCAUGUUGAGGCUCAACGCCAGCAUAGAAAUGAUUAUUUUCUUAUUGGAAUGUACUAUAAUUUCGCCACGCAGAACAAUCAGCUUGAUCCAGGAGCAGUGUCUGCACUUCCCGAACAACAACAGGGUGGCUUCCCUGGAUGGGUGCCUCUACCUUCUAAUGGUAAUAACCAGCACAUUGACAUGCCAUCAGCUCAACAAGAGUUGAAUCAAGGUGGUGGCUCAUCUCGGGCCAAUGCCAGUACUUCUGGUUGGGGAAGCAUUCAGGGCACAGGAAGUACAUGUUCUCAAUCUCCACCAAUGCCUUCUCAUUCACCUGCCCCUUUUAAUAAUUUGUGGACCAGUCAUGACCCCACAUUGGAAGCUCAGGACCAGUAUAGAAAUGAUCAUCCCUUUUCAAUAUUUCCUGGACCGGCUUCGACUCCACACGGUCACUUCCCAAGAUGGGUGCCUCUGCCUGCUAAUGGUAGGAAUCAGCAUGCUGGUGAAGGGUCAGCCCCACAGUAUGUUUAUCAUGGCUGGCACCAUCCUGGAACCCAUCAGCAGCAAAGCCCGUAUAAUACGAGCACGGGCAAUUUGCAGGAUUUAUCAACUGUGCAACCACCUCAAGAUCCGGGACCUCAACGCUGAUCACUGGUUGUUAUUCUGCAUUUAGUGGCUGGGCUUUUUGCAUAGAAACUGAUAUAGGAAAAUUAGGGCGUGGCAGUAACAUUUUUUUUUUCCUUUUUUAUUUUGGUCGGAAGGGUGUGGCAGUAACAAUUGGGAAGACAUUUUAGGUGCUUGCUUACCCAUUUUUACACACUCACCACCUCCUUUUCUUGGAAAGAAUGUAUAGGUUCUUGCUUGUCCAUUUGUAGAUACUCGUUUUAUUUAUUUUUAUUUAUUUUAUUUUUUUUUUCCGGGAGCCAGAAUCUAACUGUGCAUGUAUUUUACUUUCUCAAUAUUGCCUUUUCUUUCUUAAUUGGUGUUAGGACAGAUUCCACGCAGAGAUUUUCUUCUGCAAGAAGGGGGUUAUUCGCGUAAUGACAAUAGUUAUAGUUGCAGGAUGUUAGACUAAAUAUUUUCCCAGGCUCUAAAGACCUUUUCCAAUGGUUCGAGUAAUAAUCGCCACAGUUGCACUGCCUUAUUUUGCAAUGGAUGAACUUCAAAAUGUUUCCAGUAAGU